UGUCUGUCUGUCACUUAGCAACAUCAUAGGGGGAAAAGAGUUUCUAUUGUUGAUGUACCUGUCCUGUUUGUUCUCUUUCUGUUCUCUGGUUCCUCCACAGAAACCCCUCUCUCUGGACCAGGACAGCUCAGUUCUGAAGGAACAGCAGGUUUUUCUGGAGCUCAGCGUGACUUUUGCAUUGGAGAUAGUGUCCACAGGGAAGACAGUGGGUAUUGUGGUGACGUCCAAUGGAACUCUACAGGAAGCAAUGACCCCGGUGCUCCAGAAGCAACGUCUGCUACCACAGGACGUCAUAGUCACCAUGAGUGGUAGCGUAGAGUCACUAAGCAUGAGCACGGCCUUAACCUCACUGGACAAGAAAAAGCUAACACUGGACCGAGUAAAAGGCUAGUAUGCUGCAAAGUUAUGUUUUUUGUGUGUAUUUAUGUUUAGGAGAGAGACAUAGACAGUGAGAUUGCCUGUGCUCAAAAGUAACACUAACGCUGAAUCAACCAAGCUUAUGCAUUUAUUUCCCAAAGGAGUUUGUGCAAUAUUCUGCAAUACACUUUUUCCUAUUAUGCCAAAACACUAUGAUUUCCCAUGACAAUUUUCUGUAAGACUUGAUCCUUUACGGUGCUUAAUCACCUAGUGUUUUUUUGUGG